AUGGAAGACAUGAAGCAGGCCAGUGUCUAUUCUGGUGACUCUGCCUACUCGAUUCCCACUCAAACUAUCCCACCUUCUUGCUUAGAUACCAUAAGGUCAUCGACUACAAAAUUGGCUGAGUCUAAAUGUAUCUGGGCUCAUGACCUGCCACUGUGCGAUCCCAGCAUCUGGUGGGGUUUUCAGGCAAAUCCCCUAGCUUCUCGUACUGUAACAUUUGUUUCCAAGGCAAUUGGGUACCCAUUGGAUAAAUAUGCUGCUCUUGUUAUGCCUGGGAAGUCGCUCAAUGAUUUAGGUUUUACAAAAGAGCAAUUAGGACAGCUCAUUUGGUUGAACUCAAAGGGUAUCCCAGUGGAAGGGACGCUGAAAAUGUACCAAGGGCAACCACAUGCGGCUGAUAUGAUUGCUAGCGGUCAGAUACAGUUGAUGGUUGUCACAAUUUUGAUCAAAUCCAUUGCCGGCAAUUGA